AUGGCAACAAUCAACAUUUCAGGAAUAGCUGUACCCCGCCUAUCCUUCGGCUUAGGAUCGCUGAUGAAAUGGGCACCCGGCCACACCCACCCACUGCCAACGGACAGCAGUGUCGAAGUUCAACAAGCGAUUGACGCUGGCUUCCGCCACUUCAAUACGUCCAACAUUUACACCAACAACGAGAGCUUUGCAAAAGUCCUCCGCCGCAGCAAUCUCAAACGCUCCGAGAUCUUCCUGUCCCUCAAGAUCAACACCUACGCAUCCCUAGGAUGCCGAGGCCGCGAUCACAUGAUCCAGACCGUAAAGGACGAGAUCGAGCGGUUGGGGCUAGAGGGCUAUGUCGACAUCCUGCAGCUGCAUUUCCCGCCUCGCGGUUACGCUGGGAAUAUGACCAAUCGCGAAGCUUGGCGUGUGCUGGAAGACCUCAAGGAUCAAGGACUUGCUCGCAUUAUUGGUGUGUCGAACUGGACCUUGCCCGAUUACCAUGACAUCUUCACCGCCAGCGACCUCAAUCACACUCCGCAGCUCAAUGAAUACGAAUUCAAUCCUUUCCUACUAUUUGAUCCCAAGACCCAGCAACUCCAAGAGUUCCAAGUCAAGAACAACAUUGUCCCAAUGAACUACGGCUUCUUGACCGCCAUCAGCGGUCGCUUGCCUACUGAAGGCAGCACAGCAUUGUUGCAGAAGUUAGAAGAGCAGUCGAAGCUGACGAAGCUAUCCACAGCGGAUCUGCUGCUCAGCUGGGCAUACUACCGGCUCGGCGGCAUUGUCGUGACAUCUACAUCCAAGGCAGACCGCGCUAACAAGACCUUCCAGCUCCUUUCGGCUGAGGAAGCGCCAGUGAACAGUCAGAUCUACGAGGAAAUUGAGAAGGCAGCAAACCUGGAUGGCCUUGAAAGUAAGGUGUUCUAUAGCCAUCCUCAUAUGGAGAAAGCUCGUCAGGAGAAUAUGAAUACUCAGAAGUGA